AGCUAGGGUUCUUGGCGAGGAGGAGCCACGCAGCAGCGGGCGCAAGGCGUUGAGUGGGAGGAGGAAUCGCGCAGCUAGCUCGGGAUGUUUAGAUUCAUGCGCGGCUUCACUUGGAAGGGCCGGCCGCCUUCAAUCGCCGGGAGAAUGCGGCUCUAGGAGGCGAGCGAGCGAGCAGUGGUAGAUUAUGGAUUUGGAGCGAGAGUGAGCGCUUGCACAGGUGCCCGCGCGCUGCGUUGAUGGCUUCGGAGGAUGACAGGUAUUUCUCGCGGAAGGAGCUGGCAAAGGGAUCCCGUGUGCUUCCAGAGAUUGACGAGAGCUACCUCUCUAUCUCAGUGGACAGGCUUGAUGGAGGAGCUCCCUGCAAGCUAGAUGUGGAUGAGAGAUGGAUCAUCGAUCCCAGGAUGCUGCUGGUUGGCUCCAAGCUCGGAGAGGGUGCUCACGGGAAGGUGUACGAAGGAAAGUACCGAGAUCUCAGUGUUGCAGUGAAAAUCAUCCAGGUGGGUGAUACGCCAGAGGACGUUGCUAAAGCAAGGUCGAGAUUCGUGAGAGAAGUGGCCAUGCUUUCGAAAGUACAGCACAAAAAUCUUGUCAAGUUUAUCGGUGCCUGUGAGGAGCCCAUGGUUUUGGUAACCGAGCUACUCAGUGGGAAUUCUCUUCGGAAGUAUCUCGUGAAUUUGCGACCACACCGGAUGGAGCUGGAACAAGCUAUCACGUUUGCACUGGAGAUCGCCCAAGUCAUGGACUGUCUACAUGCGAAUGGAAUCAUUCACAGGGAUUUAAAACCGGAUAACUUGCUCCUUACGGCGGAUCAAAAGUCUGUAAAACUUGCGGACUUUGGACUGGCCCGAGAAGAAAGUGUUACAGAAAUGAUGACUGCAGAGACAGGGACGUAUCGCUGGAUGGCUCCAGAGCUCUACAGCACGGUGACGCUAAGAAACGGCGAAAAGAAGCAUUAUAAUCAAAAGGUGGACGUCUACAGCUUUGCCAUCGUGUUGUGGGAGCUGCUGACCAACCGGAUGCCUUUCGAAGGCAUGUCCAAUCUUCAAGCCGCGUAUGCGGCGGCUUUCAAGAACGUCAGGCCGAGCCAUCCCGAGUCCGAGAAGCUACCCGAGGAGCUAGUGUUCAUCCUACAGUCGUGCUGGGCUGAAGAUCCGAGUGUGAGGCCUAAUUUUGCUCAGGUGGUGAGGAUGCUGACGGCAUUCCUCUUCUCGCUACCAGGUCCACAAAGGGCUCCUCCCAAGCAGAUCAUCGUCUCCAAGAACUUUGGAGGGAAGGAUCUAUCGCCCAGUCCCAGCCCCAGCCCCGGAGGCUCCAAUUCCACUUCCAGGAUGGAGACGCCCAUGUCCGCUGCUGGAUCAUCCUCCUCGGUGGCUGGAAAUGGGAGCCUGUCCACCAAGCACAGCAGGCUCUUCCAGUGCUUUGGCCAGUGUUUUUUGUCAGGAGCUCCCGGAAGCUUGCACUAAAAAGUUCUAUAGAUCUCUUUUAACUCAGCCUCGCUGUGCCUUGGAGCGAGCAAGGCAUUUGUAUAUAUCAAGGCAAACACAGGCUCUUUUCGAUCCA